CCUUUGAAUGAAAGAACUCUUUUUCUUCCAUUCUCUGGCUUAUCCGACCGCCGUCUAACAUUUAGCAGACUCGCAUCGCCAGCCCGCAACUGAGUCAGUGCCCUCGUCUGCCGACCUAUGUGCCCACCGGCUUCUCUUUUCCCUCUGCCGAAUUGCUUGCAGCUCAAUUUUAGGCAUGAAUCUUUCCAAUGGAAUCCAGUUUGCAUUGCAGUGUGCUCUUGAUGGAUUGAAAAUUGAUUGAAGCAGCUUGUCUUUAAAAAGAUAUCUUAUACCAUCAUGGCUCGGAAGGGAAAUCAACAGAGAAAUGGGUUGGAUCGUAACUCUUUAAAUCACAAGAUUAGGGUCCCAGAAUCAGGGGCUGUGUCUAUGGCAGAGAAAAAGGAAAAGGUAAAGUCGCGCAAUGGUAAAGCUGCUGAUGGAGAGGAACCCAUAACUGGUAAUCAGACAGGUAGUCCUUCAGUGUACAUGUCAACUAAUACCAACUAUACAGGAGAUGAUGAGAAAAAUAACCAAAGAUCCAGAAACUUCCCCUGCAAAGAGAAGCCUAUAAUGGAUAGCAGUCCAGAUUCAGCACCUUCGGUUCCUGCAUCUUGUAACCCAAAAGAACCCGGGGGCCAUGCAUCUGCUUCGAAUGCAUCAGGAUCAAGAGGAGACAGAAGAUCAUCACUUAGAGGGAACGACAGUUUGAACAAACUAAAAACUAGUCUUGGCUUCUUACUGCGUCAUUUACCCACCAAAGAUUUGAUGGAAGCUUCAGUUUUGUCAGAUCAUGUAAUUUGGAGAAGUUUGGGGGCUUCUGCUCUGUCUAUUUUUAAUGCAGCCAGUGGAUGGGUAGAAAGGCAGAAGCCAUUGUUUUUUAUUAUAACAACCACAAUAUUUGAUGCCAGUGGUUAUGCUCGACUCAAGAUCCAGGAAGCAUAUCCUAUUGUUUGGAGGUGGCUUGUGCAAAUUGGGAAAUUAAUGCUACUUAUAUCCAUGAUUUGGUUGGACUGUAGUCUUAGGGGCCUUGACUCCCUUGUACGAUUUGGGACAACAUCCUUUUUUGCGGUCAUUUGGUGCAGCAUUCUCUCACUGGUUGCUAUGAUUGGGAUUUUUAAAUUUCUGAUAGUCACGGCAAUAGCAGCUUUGGUUGCAGUUUACAUUGGGUUCACACUAGCAACUUUAUUUGUUGCAAUCUCUGCAUCUGUUUUAUUGUGGUUAUAUGGAAGUUUUUGGACUACAGGAAUUGUUAUCCUUUUAAGCGGGGUGGCAUUCACAUUGAGCUACGAACGCGUUGCACUCCUAAUCACUACUUUAUAUUCCAUAUAUUGUGCAAAGACAUAUGUUGGAUGGCUUGGUUUGCUUUUGGGAAUGAAUUUAUCUUUCAUCUCAAGUGAUAUUCUUGUAUACUUUCUAAAGAAUAACAUGAACAAGCGUACUGGAUCCUAUAGGAACAGAGAACAGAUGCCUGGGAUGCAAGGACAAUCAUUUUCCUUCCAUGACGAGGCAGUGCAUCCUUCAUUUUCUGAAAAUGCUUCUGUGAAGUCAACAGAUCGUUCUGCUGGAGAAGCCUCAACCAGUAGGGUUGAUUCUGAGCUGACAUCUGAAGAUGAAGUUGUGCGAUUGUUAAACUGCACUGAUCACUAUUCUGCAUUGGGCUUUUCUCGCUAUGAGACCAUAGAUGUAUCUUUACUCAAGCGGGAGUACAGGAAAAAGGCAAUGUUGGUCCAUCCUGAUAAAAAUAUGGGCAAUGAGAAGGCUGCAGAAGCCUUCAAAAAACUCCAAAAUGCAUAUGAGGUUUUACUGGAUUCUCUGAAGCGAAAAACAUAUGAUGAUGAACUCAGGAGAGAGGAGAUAUUGGAUUGUUUACGUCGGUUUCAAAACGCCUCUCAAAGGAAUGGAAGACAUGGCCUAUUUUCCUCCCGAUUCACACAUCAGGCCGAUGGUGAUGAUCCUCAUGGAGAUUCUAGAAGAAUAGCCUGCAAGAAAUGUGGCAAUUUUCACAUCUGGGUCCAUACCUUUAAAUCUAAAGCUAGAGCAAGAUGGUGCCAGGAUUGCAAAGAUUUUCAUCAAGCUAAAGAUGGAGAUGGAUGGGUCGAGCAGUCUUUCCAACCCUUCCUUUUCGGGUUACUGCAGAAGGUGGAUGCACCCUCUGCAUAUGUUUGUGUUGAGAGCAGAAUAUACAAUGCCACUGAAUGGUUUAUCUGUCAGGGCAUGAAUUGUCCGGCAAAUACUCACAAGCCAAGCUUUCAUGUUAAUACUAGUAUUAUCUCCAAGCAUAGCACUGCCAAGGGAACGGGCUCAGGACAAAAGGGGGGUGGGAUGCCAGCAUUCAACAUGGAAGAGAGCAUGACAGAAGAGGAGUUUUUUGAUUGGUUGCAGAAUGCAAUGCAGUCAGGCAUGUUCGAAGCUGCAGGCGGUAGCCCUUCGACAGGGAGUCCUACUUCCCAAACAGGAAAUUUCUCUAGGAGUGGUGGCAGUGGCAGUGGUGCUGGUAAUAGCAAGAGAAAGAAGAAGGGCAGGAAGCAGUGGUGAGCAUUUCUUGGCAAGGUUCUCACAAGCAAUCUGCUCAUAAUUUGAGUCCCCUUCCAUCAGACACCGGUUAAAGAAGGUGAUAUAUGUAUCUCUGUUUACACCCACCAUAUUAGCACCCUGGAAGUUGGGGGGAGGGGGAGAGAGAUGAAAACCGAAAAGGAGGGGUUAGUUUUUGAUAUUCAUAUAGAGAAAAUUUGGUGGCACCAUGAGAAAGACUAUGCUGGUAUAUUCGUAGUAGGCAUCCAAGCCUGAUAUACAGAGAAAUUUGUACAGGCGCAAUUGGUUUGCGAUACAAAUCAUUUGUUCUGAUGUAAACGUAAAAUGCCCGGAAGGAAAAUAAGGUAGUAUCAACAA